CAUUAAAACACCUGGUCAUCAAAGGCUGCUGAGUGCUGACCAACACUACACUGCUCUUACCAUAAUGAUGUUACACUUGGCUAAUAGAAGCAAGUAUGAACAUCUUCAUUUAUCAACAGCUUUAGAAGACUGGGACAUGAUGGAAGAACUGAAUCAGUGCGUUACUAUAGAUCAGUAUUUUGCUGGUGCUGAAGAGAAGGUGGAACAUUGCUCAGUAAAUAGUCAGCAAAGCCUGUCCAAGGAACCAACACCACAGGAACUUUCUUUUAAGCCCACACUGUGGCUUGUUGUGGAUCCCAACCUAGUGAUCCCAUGCCCUGAUUUAUCAACUUUGACUUCUGAGUCUUGUGUCUCAAAUUCCUACAAGCACCCCACAUCGGAGAAUACACCAAAGUCUGCUGCAGGCUGUUUGACUACAGAAGAUUCUGAAGAGGAACCUGUGACAUCAGUCAGCAAACUGUAUGUUGAAGAUGAUCCCCCCUAUACACCAAUAUCGUCAACACUCCAUGUCCAAAGGUGUCAUGGCAGGAAGGUGCGUGUACGGAGAAGUCUAUCUCCAUAUGAAAAGUGGCCCCGGCCUCCAAUCAAUUAUUGCAACUUAAUAUCUCUGGCACUAAGGAACAGUGAGGAUGGAAGUCUAAAUGUGCAACAGAUUUACAGCUUUGUUAGGGAACACUUUCCAUUUUUCCAUGCUGCUCCAGAUGGUUGGAAAAAUACUGUCCGGCACAAUUUGUGUUUCAGCAGCAGCUUUGAGAAGAUCGCAGGUUGGGUGUGUGCUGAUGGACACCGGCGAUCUUGUCUGUGGAAAUUAACAAGCCAGGGUCGUAAAAAAUUCCGCACAGAGGUGCAUGGCCUGUCAGAUGAGUUACUGCGCAUAUUACGAAGGAGCAUGACCAAACCAGCACUCAUGGAGUUGAUGUUUGGGAUGUGAAGAAUUCCGUCAGAUGUAUAUUUUUCUCCUGAAGACAUUUUUUUUAUUUCCUUUUCUAUCCCUUUUGGGGAAUGAUUAUGUAUUUAUACAAUCCUGAAUUUAAGGAUAAAAAUUCAACACUUUUUGUUUAAUUUUGGCAUUUAAUGCCAUGUUCUAAAGAAUAUUUUAUUUCAUUUUGCUGUCCUCUUUUGAGAAUUUGGUUAGUCAUGUAAUCCUAAAUGUAAAGUCUAAAUGCAGGAAUGCUAUGAAGUACCAAGCUGGACCAAAAUAAACUGUAUGUAGUAUGGACUACAUGUGGUAUGCAGUGCUGCGUUAAGCAGUGGUAUGGGGUUGGACUGAGUGCUGCUCAGACAUUCAGAGGAAGCCUUGUAAAAAUGUUAUGAAUACAAGGCUACUUCUGAUUGUCAAAGGUGGAUGAUGUCACAAUCUCCACCAUGUCACAAUCUCCACCUUAGUCAAUCAGAGGGUGCCUUGUAUUCAUUGAUAAAAUUACAAGGCUUCCUGUGAAUGGUGGCGCAACCUGAGUGAGUGAGUGAGCGUGUUUAAGCCUUUUGAGCCUCUGGCUCUAAUCGUGUGCUUAAAAAAAACAAAAAACACCACUCUCCUUGGAAUUCAUGCAUCUGGCGCCCCGCAUGUAGAUUAGGGGGCCGGACACAUGUAUAGGGGGGGUGGCGGUGCCCGUGCGCCCCUAUUGGACAGGCUGCCACUGGUUGAUGCAGUGUUGGCAGCUAUUGGAUUAAUAAA